AUGACUUGGGCAGAAUUUCAGCAAGCUUUUAAUGACAAGUACUACAAUGUGGUAGUACGCGCAUCAAAGGUGGAUGGGUUUGCCACCUUGACUCAAGGGAAUAUGAUGGUGACAGAGUACGCACUAAAGUUUGACAGGCUUGCCAAGUUCGCGGAAGAUUUAGUGCCAACCAAUGCAACUGGAGUAGACCAGUUUGUUCGAGGCUUAAAGCCUAUGAUAGCCAGAGAUGUGGAGAUUGUAUCAGUAGGGGAAAUAGAACAUAUGCUUAGGUGCUGGAAAAGGCUCGCACUGUUGAGAGAAUGGAAGACAGAAUUUGGAAGGAAAAUGCUGCUAAAAGAGAGGCAAGAAAGAACACCUCCUAAGGUCAUAACUCUAAUGAUCAGAAAAGGAAGGGAAGUGACCAGGCAGGGCAGUCAAGCCAAGAUAAGAGGGGCAGAGAUAAUAAGGGAAAUAAUCGCAAUGGUAGCAGGGAAUGGGAGCGGUACCCAAAGUGCGAUAAAUGUAAGAAGCUCCACCAAGGCGAAUGCCGGACAAACAUGUGUUAUGGUUGUGGUAGAUGGUAGAAAGCUAUAUGUAGACUUGAUUGAGCUGGAUAUGACUGAUUUUGACGCAAUCCUUUGGAUUGAUUGGCUGACGAAGUACAACACUACCAUCGAUUGCAAGAAGAAAAUGGUGGUUUUUAAGCCUGACGGAGAGGAGCCUUUUUUGUUCAUGGGAACAACAACAGUGCUACGAAUUCCAAUCAUUUCAACGUUAGAAGCUGGAAAGAUGUUACAACAUGGAUGCAUGAGAUUUUUGGCGAGCGUGGUAAACACAGUAGAAAUGGGGACACAGAGACCGGAAGACACGAGGAUAGUACGUGACUACUUGGAUGUAUUUCCGGAAGACUUGCACGGAUUACCACCACAACGAGAAAUUAAGUUCACGAUCGAGCUAGCACCAGAAAUAGCGCCAAUCUCGAAAGCACCUUAUAGAAUGGCGCAUGCUGAAUUGAAGGAGUUAAAGGUUUAG